AUGAGAGGAAUAAGCAAAACUCUCCCUUGAAAAACCCACCUCCCAAAAGGAAGAGAUCUGUGAACAGCACACCUCCUCUGGGUGACACCAGUAAGAGAUAGACAAGAGAGAGCCUUUUAAUCAGUCAGAAAUCCACUGAAGAGGAGCAAGAAUUCACCGUCAACUUGGGUGAUGGUGGCAAGGAGCAUGUGGUGAAAGGCAGAACCCAUGACAGCAUCUACAAAGCCCUGACGGCGCUACCAGACAUCUGUGCUCGGAUGAAAAAAGAGAAGGGCAAGGAGAUGCAUCUACUGGGGAAUAAAGGGAUUGAGGGGUAUGUUAACUUGGGGAUGCCUCUCAAGUACAUUCCUGAGAAUUCCCACUUUGAAAUGAAAUUUUACAAAGUGAAUUUGAAUCAGAAAAUAGGUGCGGUGGGACACCGACAGUAUGAGAGCAAGGGAAAGAAAUGCAUAACAUUUUAUGUCUCCUCUCUUGGCAGUAGAUGGGAGAACAAUGCUUGAUACAGAAUUCUUUGGUGCCAGCAGCUUGCUAAAGACCAGAGCAAGUUGUGUGUCUUUGCCCCAGAAGGGGAGACCAUCAAGGAUGCCUUGUACAAAGAUGGCCGGUUUUAUUCUUGCCUGGAGAAAAAAGAGUGGCAGUUGGUGGAGAACAAGAAGUACAGACCUAGUGAUUACUGUAUCGAUAAUCUAGCCAACAGGUCAUUUGAGGUGGUGGUUAAAACUAAGCCCCUGCCUUGGAAGGUUGAUUGUUCAAGGAAUGAACAAUCCUGCAUGGCCUCCGAGGAGGGGCAGGGGAAGACUUACCAUUACUUUAAACGUGCUAUCCUGGCCCUGUAUUCUGACUUGAAGAAACAAAGUGCAGUGAUUGAUGAGCUCUUCGCAAAAGCCUUUGCAGAAGCCUUGAAGCAAGGGAAAUUGAACAGUGCUGUGUUCAAACUGUACAGGGAGAACUUCGGGAAGGAGACUAAGAACUCCACUCUUAUUAAGGUGCACAAACGCCUUGGUGUUCUCAGUGAUUCUGGGGGGUUUAUAGAGUGGGCCAACAAUGGAAAUGAUGGCUCUGCCACUUGCUUUGUCUUGCGUGAUAAGUAUGUACUUACCUGUCAUCAUGUGGUAGGGCAUAUUGUUGGUGAAGGAGUGGAGGAGAAGGACUGGGCAUUGAUAAUCAGUCACUCUGCCCGUGUGACUUUCUCUUAUGAAGAUAAAUACCCAAAGGAAAACAGCUGGUUUUCACUAGCUCCUUGGUUUGAAAUAUCUGACAAGCAUCUUGAUUUUGCUGUCCUGAAACUGGAAGGAGAUAGAAGCUUGUUCCCAGCAGGUCUAGUGCAAUUUUCUUACCCAUUGCCAUUUAAUGGUCUAAUCUAUAUAAUUGGCCACCCGGAUGUGCAAGCGAAAUCUGCAGAUGGCUGUACUGUGGUCCCUGUAUUUAAGCGGAAACGGGAGUGCCAUUGUCAUAUCCAGCGUGAUCAGAAGGGGGUGUGCAACAAUGUCAAAUGUGGCCCAGAGGACAGGCAGUGCAUCCAUAUGUUCACCCAAAGAAGUUUCCAGCAUGUGAUCAACAAUCCCAAUGUAGUCACCUAUGACACCAGCUUCUUCUUUGGGUCUUCCGGCUCACCGGUGUUCAAUGCAGAUGGCCAGCUGGUGGCCAUGCACACCGCUGGUUAUAAAUAUAAAAAGAAUAAGCAGCUGCACAGCAUCGUUGAGUUUGGCUUUUCCAUGGUGGCCAUCCUUGCAGCAAUUAAAAAGAAUUAUAAAGCCUGGUAUGAGUUUGAGCUCCCCUCCCUUUGGGAAGAUGCUGGAUCUUGUCCUGGUGAGCAUGAGGAUUUCACCAGUGCUUACACCAAUGACAUAGAAAUGGAAACCUUGGAAUAAAAUCUCCAUCUGCGAGAGCCUCCCCAACGCACACAGUGCAUUUCACCCUUCAUGUUGAUCUCCAUGCUUUGAAGUCUCCAUUGUUCCUGACAUGAACCUUCUUUGGUUGGUGAUUUCCUACCAACUGCAGUCUAGUUAUACCCCUCUCUGCUUUCAUUAUUCUUAUUGAAAUGAUUGGUGACAAACCUUGAAAUAACUUUUUAUUUUUAAUGAAGGGUGGUUAGUAUGAUGGGGUCAGUACCUUGCGUGUGGGAUUCUUUCAUAAGAAAUGCAUAGUCUUUGGACUUUUAAAGGCUGAGCUAGAGGGAGGAGUGGUUCUACAAAUAAUUAUCAACCAUUCUUAAAAUAUAAUGGUUAUAAACAUAAACAUAAUUAAUAAAGACAAAUAACAUAAAUAUGUAAUAAAAUAUUAUACAGUUUUUUUAAAAAUGCAAAAGCUACUUUAAUACCACAU